AUGGCCCUCAUCUUCUUUGCCCUCCUCCCUCAUUGGUUGUGGCCCCUCAUCUACCUGGCGGAGCGCUUGGGUCUGACGGACUUUGGCGAUCUGAUCAGCCUGGUCGAGAUUCUUGUGGGCGCCGUGGCGUCAGGCUUGGUCCUACCCAUCAUCAUUCUCACCCCGCUGCUGCAAACCCUGGAUCUAACUCCCAGCGAAUACGGCAUGCUGUUGUUCAACAUUAUCAUUCUGCCCAGUGUCUGGCUGCCCUUGGUCGUGGCUAUUUUCCAAACCCCGAUCGUGGUCGAUGCCAAGCGCGCUGAAGACCUCCAGCCACAGCGCCAAAGCUUCUCCGAUCACGCCGAACUACGUGGCGAGUUUAGCGUGAGCUAUGGCAGCUACUUCUUGCUGGCUUCGGUUCCAUUUGGCAUUUUUCUGCCCCUCUUCAUUCACGGCACCACCAACGCUGCCGGCGAAGCGGCCGUGCUCUUUUUUCUUCUCCUUCUGGGCUCAGCCUCGGCCCUUUUGCUGGUGGCCCCGCGCCUGGGUUGGGUCCUGCAUCAAACCAUGCGCUGGUUCAAGGACGUGGCCAGCUAUCGCGCACUGGCCGAGGGCGUGCUCUGUCUGGUUGUCCUCCCAGUCUGCCUCAUGGUGCCCGUAUUGGCUGAGGUUCACCUCAAUCGGCCCUCUUACGACGUUCUCCAGGCGUGGUUGCUGGGUCUACCCGCCGUUACCCUCCUGCGCAUGACUUUCACCCUGCAUCGUGAAGCGCAGUAUUUACCCUCCUACAUGGCCGGUGUCUUCUUGGUUGUGGACCUCCCCUGCUUCAUCCUACUCCCUGCCUGGAUUGCUGCCCAUCCAGUGUCCAUGGCGGGUGAGGUGACCUUCUUGGUCUUUAUGCUCGUGCCGCUUGUUGCCGCCUUGGCCUUGGUCGUCUAUUUGACGUUUACGUCCUAUCAAAACCUACCCUUUCAUCUCUUGACCAAGUAUCUUGAGCCCGAGUGGUGGGUCGAGCAGGUUCUAGCCACGUUGAUUUUUUCUGCGCCCAUGCUUGUGGCUGUGCCCGUGUAUUUUCGGGCUGACCUUGAUCCUACCACCGAUUACGUUCUCGUGGGCUUUCUUGUCGUUAUCGAGAUCUUGCUGGCAGUGGCCUUCUUGGCCUCUUAUGCCUUGCGUCAGAAUGACAUGCCAGACGCCAUUUCGCUCGCCCCCACCAUCGCGCGCUCUCGUGCAGGCACAGCCGUGUCGCGUAGUGAUGCUGGAUUAAUGCGUGGCCCUGCCCACGCCCAGUUCUCUGCACAGGACCUUGAAUCGCGGCGUGGUACAAUGGCCAAUGCGCGUCGUGACAGCGUUGAUCCGACCCACGUUGAUGCCGACGGCCUACCGGCACCGGCCGACAGUGCACCAGCGCCGGCACCCUCGAAUGCAUCUGCAUACCGACCCUCCGUGGUAUCUGCUGCAAGUUCCCAGGGCGGGCUGCUGGGGCACCGCGUGCCUGGCUCGUAUCAUGCUACCAACUGGGGCUCCAUCUCCAAGGUACCGAAGGAUUUCGACCCCGAUGCUUUUGAAGAACCAGCGGCCAUGGCUGGCAGUCCCCUGAAUUCCACCGUCGAAGUUCGCACCUAUGAUCUUGCCACCCCGCUCGGAGCCUCGGGUCGCACCGAGGUGGCGACCGUGCUUACCGACACCCAGCCGCCCCCUUCCCCCGGAACCUCAUUCAAUGGUUCAGAUGCCGAGCGUCUCACACCAGACGCAAGCACCUUGCCCGCUCUACUGCCAUCCGCUGAGAGGGAGCCCGUACACGCGCAGACCGGUGAUGAUACUGAGUAUGAGAUUGUGCCGCUGCCCGAGCGCAGCGAUGAUCCGGACAAGUCCGAGUGGGAGCAUUGCGAUGUGUAUGACCUGGAUGCUAGCUCACACCUGCAGCUUCAAGACCGUACGUGUUCUCCUUUCGUGCCCGCAGCCGCUCGUGUCUACGCUGGCUCGUCCCGUGCCCAUACAUGCCGUCGAAGCAUUGUUGUUUCUCCCGCUUGUGUGUCUAUGUUUGCGUCCGUGACCGUGGUCGCAGCGUACUCACGCGUUGGAUUCUUGACCCUGAUAGGUGGCGUUUUUCUGUUUGUGAGCGAGAGCACGGGCGAGGACUUGCGGCAGGGCGCAUACCAUUCUGCAUACCCAGCGUAUUUGUCGGGUACUGAAGAUAGCUUUGUGCUCAAGUGGCCCUGCUAUGCAACCAUGCAGACGCAAGAGGCCAGUGAGAUUGGGCUGUCCAAGGUUGCCCAUGCAUCGCGCAUUGCUCAGGCGUUCAAUGCUGCGCUUGGUCGCUCCAGUGAAAAUGCAGUGAGUUUCGCGCAACCACGCGCGGUGCAGUUGACGGCGCGGCCCGCUGCCAACGGGCGUGUGCCAUGGGCGUUGCUUGAGCCGGAGCUGGAAGACCUCGAGGCCACCGGUGUCAUGGACUACUUUUGUAUCUUCAAUGACUCGGCUGGUGGGGUGGUGAGCGAAGAGGACAUGCAGGACGAGGUGGGCGACCACGGUGAGGACUGGCGCGAGGAAUUCCGCGAGUGUAAUGACUUGGCCCAAGCCCUCAGUUGCUACAGUUACCAUGCCUCCCAGCGCCAGGAGCUUAUGAUUAACAUCCAGGGCGUGCGCCACCGGUACACCAACCCUGACUUUCACUUUGCCUCGGCCGUCCACGAUCCAUACUUCUCACCCCAUAACAACGGCCCUGAGGGCAUUGCUGCGUUUCAACGGUCACAUGUGCACAAUGAUUUCUGCCGGCUCGCCCUCCCCAGCUUGCCUGGUUUUACCGACUCGUGGUUGACGUCUUGAUGGCAGUGGGCUGGAUUUGGCUGCUCGAGCACGCCUUUGAAGAAGCUUUGAAAUUUAUUACCCUUUUUG